AUCUGCACGCCCCUUCCUCCGUUCCGGCUCUGGGAGUCGUUGCCGCUGGGGGUCCUGGGUCCUUACGCGGUGCAGCCGCUCCAGGCCCUGCUCGCCCGGCCCUACCGACACAGCCCCUCGGGCCCCCAUCCUCGUCUAACUGCCGGCAUCCCUGGCAGGACCCCCAACUCACCGGCUCCGCGCCGCACGCACUUCACUCACGCUUUCAGGGCUCCCGGAAGAGCUCAGGCCGGAAGUCUCAGGCACCGGGGGAGGCGGAGCCUGCGGGCCUGCGACCUCUGACCCGCGCGCACCUAGGACGCCUCCGGAAGUGGCGUCGAUUCCCGCCCCCGUGGGGAUCCCGCGGUUGUCUUGACGACAGCGGACGCCGUGGCUGCUCUCAAGUACCGGCUGCAGCCCUGGCGGAGAGGGACGCCGGAGCAGAGAGCAUGAGGCCCCUGUGUCUGUGUCAGAUUUGCACCUGCGGACGGCAUCGUUGUCCAUGUGGAAUCACAAGGGUUUAUGAACAUUCUGGCAUAUCUUGCCCCACGACAGAGUAUUUGGAAAAAUAUCCAAAAUAUGGUGAUGUUCUUCCACCUCAGAGUCUUAAACCAAAGCAAGAAUUUCAAGCUUACCGUGGUAGAAUGGAAGGAGUAACCACAUUUAAGUCAGAUUAUCGCCCUUAUGAAGUAGUCAAACCACCUCGCCACAUACCAGAAGAAUAUAAACCCAAACAGGGGGAUAUUGAUCUUGAUACUACCUACAAGCGAGAUUUUAAUCCUUACAAAGUACAGCCUGUGGUAAAAGUCCGGCCUGUGGAAAGACAACAAGUUAAAAGAGGAAAGUUGGAUACUGUCCCAACUUAUAAAGAUGCUUAUAGAGCUUGGGAUAUUCAGAAAUGCGAACUUUGUAAACCAGAGCAAGCUUACCACCCCCCAGAUGUGAAAUUCGGAAACUCAACUACAUUUCAAGAUGACUAUGUUCCCCGGGAGAUAAAGCCUAGGCAAAGCUUUAAGCCCUGCUCUGUGCUCAAGUGUUCUGCAGGCCCUUUUAAUGGUGAUACAAGCCAUCGUCGAGAUUAUGUACCUCAUCAGCUAGAAGUCAAGUUUGCAAGGCCAAAGGAAGUUUAUAAGCCAACUGACCAGCCUUUUGAGGAUCUCACCACUCACCGGAAUGACUUUCAGGGUCUUUCUGGUGAAACUGCAAAAAUCUGCAGACCUUCCUAUACUAGAGUGACCCAAAGCACUCAGUUUAAAGGAAGCACUGAAUUCCGUGACAGCUUCCAACCAUGGGAACUCCCACCUCCCCAAGUCAAGAAAGUAGCAGAGUAUGUGCCCCCUUCAGGAAGCAUGCAGUUAAACAGCACCAGCCACCUUGACUAUGUUCCCUAUCAGACGAGCCGAGUUGUUGCCAUUAGGCCAGUUUCUCACAGAAGGAAAAGCAGUUUUCCUUUCCAAGGAAAAAGCACCAUGAAGGAAGAUUUUCCAGCAUGGGAAAGUUGUCGUCAAGGUCCUAUUAAGCAGCAGCAACAGAUUCCCAACCCAUCUGGAAAAUUUGAUGGUUUGAGCAUUUUCAGAUCUCACUUUGUGCCACAUGAAUUGAUUCCAACAGAGAGCUGCAAACCUUCGAAUGCUGCUCCUAAGAGUUCCGUUCCACUUGAUGAUGUCACCAUGUACUCUAUACACUACACACCGAAGAACCAAGAGAUCUGCCCGGCUAGCUAUCCUUCCCCUCCAGGUUAUAUAUUUGAAAAUACAAAUUCCCAAGGACAUAAAUUCUUUCGCAAGAUUAGUCCUGCAGUGGAAGCCUUGUAGUAAUCAACUAAUGUUUAAAAGAAAGUUAAUGAAUGUUCAGUUUUUUUAAGAGAAACUUAAACUUUUUAUAAUGAAAAAUAUUAUGAGAGUUAUGCCAUAUCAUUUUUAGCUUUUAAAACAAGUUGGAACAUAUAGAUCAGAAUUCUUAAGUCCAUUUUAAACUAAUAGUUUAACCAAGAAUGCUCUUUGUCAUUUUGUUUAGCUUUUUGAACUAGGGCCUUCCUAUUUAGCACAGGCUAGCCUGGAACUUGCAGUCUAUUUGUGCCAGUCUUCUAAUCCAAGAUUGUUGUUUAACAGGCAUUUCUGAAAGCUAAAUGAUAUGCAUGCUCAUCUACACAUGCUGUCUCAUAGCUUGUCCUAGGUCUGUUAUCAUUUACAUCUCAUUUUAUAGUUUUGCAAUCAUACACUGUUCUCAUCGUCAAUUCUCAAAUACAUUGGGACUGUAUAGAACAAAACUGAAGAUGAGAUAUGGAUUAUUCUACCAAAAAAUAUCCAGGAUUUACUUAUUCAUUCAUUCAUUCAUUUUCAACGUAUCUACAGAGCAUGGAACAAGUCAAGUUUUUGUUGAGGAUCUCACCACUCACUGGAAUGACUUUCAGGGUCUUUCUGGUGAAACUGCAAAAAUCUGCAGACCUUCCUAUACUAGAGUGACCCAAAGCACUCAGUUUAAAGGAAGCACUGAAUUCCGUGACAGCUUCCAACCAUGGGAACUCCCACCUCCCCAAGUCAGAGACUACUACUCUGUUCCUUGCCCUGUUCAAGAUACCAAGAGGCACUGUGGCUUGAAAAGGAGAGGUCCUAUAGGUCCUAUAGGAAUCAGAGGACUGGAGUUCAAGUACUAAUAUCUUCAGUUUCUAUUUGGGUCACUAUAAGAAAUCUGCUCACAUACAUAGCUCUGUCAUCAUGUAUAAAAAACAUUCAUUCUGUGUACCUCACAAAAGUUUGUUGGUAUCAUCAAAUCAUAUAAUACAUUUGAAUACAUAAAAUAUAAACAUAAAGGGCUAUUAACAAACCCUCAGAUACUUUUUGUAGUUUUUUUUUCUUUCCAAAUAAGGACGUUAACAAACUUAACACUUAUUAUCUAGUCUCCAUAUAGCAAGGACUGUAAAAUAAUCUAACUUGCUUUUCAUUUGUGAGUAGCAUGUGUUUGAAAUAGGCAUCUGCCCACUAUAGCUUCAUAAGUACCCUACAAGUUAUGGCAGAGAAUAGAAAACUUAAAUACUUUGAUAUUAAUGGCUAUAUUUUCAAAAGAAGAAAAAAAUAUUUGCUGGAACAGUUUUAGGGAAGAUUUCCAGCUCUGACAAAAAUCUUCAGGAUAAAGCUAGGUGCAUACAGUGGCCAUAUCCAGAAUCAUUGUUCAUUAGUAAGGGCCAUAACUACCUUUUUCACGACUAAAAGUGUAAAGAUAAGUGCAACAAAAAAAAGGGGAAGAGAUGGCAGUAAGGGACAUGGAAAUAGUGUAACGCCAAAAGUUUUUAGUGAACUAAAAUCAACUGAGUGUUUUUGCUUUUUGAAACAGGGGCUCACUAUGUAGCCCUGGCUGGCCCAGAACUCAUUUUUUAGACCAGGCUGGGUUUGAACCCACUGAGAUCUGCCUGCCUCUGCUGCCCAAGUAUGGGUAUUAAAGGCCUGUGCCACCACAUCCAGCUGUAACUGAGUGUUUUAA